CUCUCUCUCUCUCUCUCUCUCUCUCUCUCUCGAUCGAGCGAUAUCGACGCGGAUCGAUGGCGAAACCGAACGGGCCCUCAGCGAUGGAGGUUGAAGACGCCGCUCCCGCCGCGGCGGCGGCGGAGCAGAUCGCGCCCAGAUUCUCGAUCAAUGUGUUGCGGCUUCUCAAGUCAUCUCAGAUGCAGCACGGAUUGAGGCAUGGAGAUUAUACGAGAUAUAGGAGAUAUUGUACUGCAAGGUUGAGAAGGCUGUAUAAGUCUCUGAAGUUCACUCAUGGUCGUGGCAAAUUCACCCGGAGGGCCAUUACGGAGUCAACUGUCACAGAAGUUCGGUUUCUUCAUAUAGUCCUUUAUAUGGCGGAAAGAGCUUGGAGUCAUGCUAUGGAAAAGAGGCAAUUACCUGAUGGGCCUAAUGCACGGCAACGAAUUUACCUGCUUGGUCGACUGAGGAAAGCAGUUAAGUGGGCUACUCUUUUUGCUCGGUUAUGUGCUGCCAAAGGAGAUUCCAGAACUUCUCUAGAAGCAGAGGCAUAUGCUUCCUAUAUGAAAGGCACUUUGUUGUUUGAGCAAGAUCAGAACUGGGAAACAGCAUUAGUAAAUUUCAAGAAUGCAAGGGCUGUGUAUGAAGAGCUUGGGAAGUAUGGUAGUAUAGAAAAUCAAGUUUUAUGUCGUGAGCGUGUUGAAGAGCUGGAACCAAGCAUCAGGUACUGUUUACACAAAGUAGGCCAGUCAAAGCUACAGACUUCUGAACUUCUUGGUAUUGGGGAAAUGGAAGGGCCUGCAUUAGACCUUUUCAAAGCAAAACUAGAGGCUGUCAUGGCUGAGGCAAGAUCACAGCAGGCAGCAACUAUGACAGAGUUUUACUGGCUUGGUCAUAGAUUUCCCAUUAACAAUGCCAAGACACGCGUUUCUAUUCUGAGAGCUCAGGAGCUGGAAAAAGAUCUACUUGGUUCAGCAGGAGAUUCACUACCAGCAGAGAAAAGGCUUGCAAUGUUUGACAAAAUUUUUUCUGCGUACCAUGAUGCUAGAAGCUGCAUUCGGAAUGACUUGGCCACUGCAGGCAACGCCGAAAAUGUAAAAGAUGAUCUGAAUGGCCUAGAUAAGGCUGUUAGUGCUGUAUUAGGGCAGAGAACGAUAGAGCGCAAUCAGUUGCUUGUUACCAUCGCCAAAAGUAAAUUCACAAAGCAUCGAGAUGACAAGGGGGAGAAAAUCACAAAGCCAGAGGAACUUGUUCGUUUAUACGAUCUGUUGAUACAGAAUACAACAGAUCUAUCAGAUCUAGUUAGCUCGGGAAGGGAUAAGAAUGCGGAAGAAAUUGCAUUUGCUGAAGAGUGCACACUAAAGGGCUUGGUAUUUCGAGCAGAAAGAUGCUUCUAUGUAGCUAAAUCCUAUAGUUCAGCUGGGAAAAGAACUGAAGCAUAUGCCUUGUUUUGUCAUGCUCGUGAUCUUGCAAAUAAUGGUCUCCAAAAGCUUCAAAUGACAAAUAAUCCAGACGAGGUUUUAGUCAAUGAUCUCAAGGCCCUAUACGACAACUGCAGAUCCAGCAUCUGUAUAGAACAUGCGGCAGGGAUUAUGGAGGAAGAGAAGAUUCCUGAAAGGCUCUCUAAAGGAGUUGCAACCAUAUCUUUGAACGGAGAUGUAAAGAAGGAAGGGAAAUACCUCUUGGAAAUGCUUGAUGUUUAUGAAUCGGCAUUGGGUGAAUCAAACUCGAAAGCCAAUCCUCGUAUUGAGCGGUUCCCCCCUCCAUUGCAAUCGGUUCCAUGCAAUCCUAUCGUUCUUGAUAUCGCCUACAGCUCUAUUGAGUUCCCGUCUCUUGAAAAUAGGAUGAAGAAGGACAAGAAGGGCAUAUUCAGCAGAUUGUGGCGAUAAAUCUUAGGCGAUUUUGUUAAAAAUUGGGAAAUAACAUUUGUAUGUUCAUGGGUUGAAAAAAAAAAGAAGAAAAAUUAUAUUUAGGCCUGACGGUGAGGAUGAGUAAUGUGUUUGAUGUCGGAUUUCUUUGUUUUCUGGAGCACAAAUUUCUGUUGUCGGGUUGAAUAUGAGAAAGUGAAGGAUCUGAAGAGCUCGGCAAUUGAACAGUUGGAUUUUUGAGGUUUUAAAAAGGAUUUAUUUUCCUUUAUUUUCUCAGAAAACAUUUUUCUUUCGAUCUGAUAAACUGAAGAAUUAAAAGAUCUUUACUCUUCGAGUAUUUGAGCAGUAACAAA